ACCACUGUUUAUGUUCCGGUUCACGGGCCCUGCCGAAGCUGCAACUUGUACCCACCGCGUUUUGCUCCUCGUGUGUACCUAAUCUUUGGUUGUCAUAUAUAAGGUGGCCCACUCCCCGACAAGUUUUCGUUAUGUUUCCUCUUUCUCAUUAUCUAAUCAUCUUACUCAAAAAUGGCUAGAACCAAGCAAACAGCUAGAAAGUCUACCGGUGGUAAGGCUCCAAGAAAGCAAUUGGCCUCCAAGGCUGCCAGAAAGUCUGCGCCAUCGACCGGUGGUGUCAAGAAGCCACACAGAUAUAAGCCAGGUACUGUUGCUUUGAGAGAAAUCAGGAGAUUCCAGAAGUCCACUGAGUUGCUCAUCAGAAAGUUGCCUUUCCAGAGAUUGGUCAGAGAAAUCGCCCAGGACUUCAAGACCGACUUGAGAUUCCAGUCUUCCGCCAUCGGUGCCUUGCAGGAAUCCGUUGAAGCCUACUUGGUCUCCUUGUUCGAAGACACUAACUUGUGUGCCAUUCACGCCAAGAGAGUUACCAUCCAGAAGAAGGACAUCCAAUUGGCCAGAAGAUUGAGAGGUGAAAGAUCUUAAAUGGUUUCCUAGAUUUGAAACUAUUUUGCUUGCUACAUCAGGCAAUCUUUAUUUCUUGCAUUCAUGUACCUAGUUAUAUGAAUUGUGUAUAUUAGUUAUAAUAUUAUAUUAUCUUUGGGUUAAAU